AUGAAUGUUUUUUUUGUUGUGGGUAUUCCUAAAGGGAUUUCCGUGGUGGUAUUCAGCGCUCUUAUUGCGUGUCGCGUGGACGAGGUCAUUGCGACAAAUUACUUUGUGAUUUUGGCGCUGCCAUUCUACUUCUUUGGUGUUCUGACACUUCUUGACUCGAUUUUGUACCGAAUUUUCAUCCAAAAAUUGCGAGGAAAUCCUGCGGGCAGCUGCAAUAUUUUUGUCAUAUCCAUCCCGUUCAUUACUGCUGUUGGCCUUGUCCUUGCAUCGGUUUCAAUUGUAUCUAUGCGGCUGAACGACUUGGACCGUGCCCGUCACGGUGCUGCUGGGGAUGUUUUUUCACUCCAUGCGGCCCUCAUUCCGGUGUAUUUUCUCCUCGGGUGUUUUUUAUUUUCUACGUUGAUGAUUUUUUGCUUCGUGUGUUUUUUCCUGUUGACUGAGGAUGGCGAGGCGAGCAACUCGCCCCACGGCGAUGCGGCGACGGAGGGAAAUGAUGAGCAACAGGGGAGUGAAGCGCAUUCCGGUGGCGAGAAGGGAGUUGGGGGCGGACAUGACGACGAUGGACAGCCGAGCAGAAAACAUUCUUUUUUCCUGGAGAGUCGUCGAAAUCGGGAUGUUCGUGACAUGCCGCAGGGCGCUCCUGACACACCAACGGGUUCAAACGGCGAGAUGUUCUUGCCUCAGCGCCCUCGGCAAGGUCUCUCGGAUAUUGACUAA